GAGUUAUUACAGUACUAUCAGCAGUUUCGACCCAUAGCCAUUUGGCUCAUCGCAAAUUCGAAGAUCUCCACAUGCGAACACGAUCGGUACUUCUGGCAAGGUCUUCCCCACGCAGUACGACUUGUUAUAAACCAACGACUUCAGCUCAAAGACCCCAACUACACUCGGAGCGAGGCUACUGAUUUUGAGAAAGUCGUUGAAGCCGGACACUUUGUGCUCUCAGAUGAUGCAUUCGAU